AAACUACUGGUAGUUUAAAGUUUGUGUGCAGGAGGAAGAUUCUGGUCAAUUUCUGCAGCAAGAAGUGGUUUGAGGAGGAAAGAUGAGUAACGACGAAAAGAAAAAAAAGGGGGCUGAGCGUUUGUUGCUGAAGUCCAGGAAGCCUGAAACCGCUACGUUUGCAAAAAAAAAAAAAAAAAAACAACGAUGAGGAAUUGUGGAUGGAUAGAAAAAAAUGUACCCGGUUAACCUUUGAACCGUCUUCCUUUGUGCUCGACAGAAGUCACAAGACGGAGACUCGUAUAAUUUCACGAAUGACAGUCUUGACGAGUCUCCACAUUCAGAGCAAAGCGAGGGAGAAGACACACAUCAUGUCCUCUGUCUACUUCAACCCCGGGUCAGAUUCAGGUGUAAAUGGAAACGUUGCAAAAAUGGAGGAUGCCCAAGUGGAGAUAGAUGAUGGAAAUGAUCAGACCGCGCUACCAGACACAAUGUACCACAAUGUUCGAAGAAAGAUAACGCCGUUUGUCAUGUCAUUUGGAUUUCGUGUAUUCGGAGUGGUACUGAUCAUAGUGGACUUUGUGCUCGUGAUUGUGGACUUGGCGCUGUGGGAAAAAAGUAGAGAUGUUGGAAAUGCUUUGGAGGCCGUGUCCCUCACCAUCUCCUUCUUUUUCCUGCUUGAUGUUCUCCUGCGGGUCUACGUGGAAGGUUUCAAGGUGUACUUCAGCAACAAGUUGAACAUCUUAGACGCCUGUGUUGUUGGGGUCACACUGGUCAUCACAAUGGUCUACACUUUCCUCGACGCCUCAGGUGCCAGCCUCAUCCCCAGGGUGGUGUCAUUUCUGCGCUUCUCGAGAAUAAUAAUCCUGGUGAGGGUUUUCAGACUGGCAGUUCAGAAGAAAGAGCUGGAGAAAGUCACCAGGAGGAUGGUUUCUGAGAACAAGCGGCGUUAUCAGAAGGAUGGAUUUGACCUUGAUCUUACAUAUGUAACAGAUCGUGUCAUUGCCAUGUCUUUCCCCUCCUCUGGGAAGCAGUCCUUCUACAGGAAUCCAAUCAAGGAGGUGGCGAGGUUUCUGGACACUAAACACGGAGGCCACUAUAAAGUUUACAACCUGUGCAGUGAGAAAGGCUACGACCCCCAGUUCUUCCACUACAAGGUUGAAAGGGUGUUUAUCGACGAUCACAACGUCCCCUCCUUGGAGGACAUGCUGAAAUAUACAGCGAACGUGAGGGAGUGGAUGUCAGCUGAUCCCAAAAACAUCAUCGCUAUUCACUGUAAAGGAGGAAAAGGGCGCACGGGUACGAUGGUGUGCACCUGGCUUAUUGACAGUGACCAGUUUGAGAGUGCACAGGACAGUCUGGAGUAUUUUGGUGAGAGGAGGACAGACAAGAGUCGGAGCUCCAAGUUUCAGGGAGUGGAGACCCCCUCCCAGAGCCGGUACGUGGGGUACUAUGAGGUCAUGAAGACCAAGUUCAACAGACAGAUGCCUCCACCUAAAAGCCUCAGGAUCAAGAGCAUCCGCAUCCAUUCCAUAGCAGGUGUGGGUAAAAGUGAUGGCAGCGAUCUCAAGGUGAAAAUAAUUGUGAAGAAGAACCUUGUUUUUCAGUGUGUUUGUGCCAAACAGGAGAACUGCACAGUAUUUCCUGAUGUGGGCAAUAAUGCAGCAGUCAUCAGUCUACAGAAUGGGCCCAUGGUUGAAGGGGAUGUGAAGGUCAUGUUCGAAUCAAGUGCUGGACUUCCAAAAGGCUACGAAGAUGUUCCCUUCUAUUUCUGGUUCAAUACUUCCUUCAUAGUGGAAAACAAGCUGUUUUUACCCAGGGAGGAGCUGGACAACCCUCACAAACCAAAGACCUGGGACCUCUACAAGGAGGAUUUUGGUGUCACCAUGUUCUUCUCAGACGAUGAAUAAAAGCCCUUUAGAAAGACGCAUGAAAAAAUGGCUUGUAGUUUUCAUGAUGGGUGGUGAACAGAAAUAGGUAAAUUGAACACUAAGUCUAUGAUGAAUGAGACAUACAGUUGUUUAGAUGCUAUGAUCUCAAGUGCAGCAACAUCCUCCACUGAGCUGAAUCACUCAACUGCUGAUCAGUUUUGGCCCAUAGAAUUAUGUGAAAUCUAUUAGGGAUGAACUGUGAUGUUUUCAGUGAAUCAAAUCAUGUGUUUGAGUCUUUUUUGUUUUAAAAUUACAUGUAAAAAAAAAAUCUGAAAUUGUGAUACUCAAAGAUUCUGUCAAAGUUCAUUGCUUUCACUUCUCAAAGCUAUUGUUAAUUCAUCCCCUCUUGAAAAUAGCUUUUGUCUAACCACUACUGCAUGUUCCAAGUGACUGACUGGUGAAGUAAAUAGAACUCAUGGGUUGUGCCCAAAAAGGAAACUGUGAAAAACCACAGAACAGUUUGUGAGAACACAGGAUGAGACAUUAGAAAUGAAUGUGCAGACACGCUGAUAAAUGUCAUAGUCCCUCCUUUAGUAACAGCUGCUGUUGUAGAUGUCACUUUGUUCUUUUUUUGUUGUGAAAGAAGAGCCAUUUAGAUGUGAAUUUUGGUAUUUUUGGAGGAGGUUCAGCAGUGAAUACAGCGUCAAAGGGGAUAAAGUACAUGCCUUAUUUACAUUAGUGAUGUCAUGUGUGUUGCCAUAAAAUAAAUCUGUUUGUACUUAACAGUUUUUCUUCAGGCAAGAGGAAAUAAGCCGACAAGAGCAUCA